AUGAAGCACAUCCAAACUGAACAAACCAUUGCCAUCCCACAAGGUGUCACUGUUGCCAUCAAGUCCCGUGUUGUUAAGGUUACCGGUCCAAGAGGUACUUUAACCAAGUCCUUAAAGCACAUUGAUGUUACUUUCACCAAGACCUCUGCUAACACUAUCAAGGUUACUGUCCACAAUGGUGACAGAAAGCAUGUUGCUGCUUUAAGAACUGUCAAAUCAUUAGUUGACAACAUGAUUACUGGUGUCACUAAGGGUUACAAGUACAAGAUGAGAUACGUUUAUGCGCAUUUCCCAAUCAACGUCAACGUUAUUGAAAAGGAUGGUGCUAAAUUUGUCGAAAUUAGAAACUUCUUAGGUGACAAGAAGGUCAGAUUAGUUCCAGUUAGAGAAGGUGUUACUAUUGAAUUCUCCACCACUCAAAAGGAUGAAAUUGUCUUAUCUGGUAACUCUGUUGAAAACGUUUCUCAAAAUGCUGCUGAUAUUCAACAAAUCUGUAGAGUUAGAAACAAGGAUAUCCGUAAGUUCUUAGACGGUAUCUAUGUUUCUUCUAAGGGUGUUAUUGAAGAAGAAAUCUAA